AUGAAUAGAUAUAAUCUUUUUAUGAUCAUUAUAGCAUUAAUUGGAAUUGAUACUAUUUUUUGUAUUCCUUCAAAUCAAAAUAAAAAUAGUAAAGUUGAAAGUGUGUUAAGUUCCAGUGGGCUUUUAAAAAAUGUUGUAAAACAUUCACCCAAAAUAAGUGAAGAAGAAAUAAAAGAAAGUGAAAUUAAAAUAAUAAAAAAAGCUCAUGAAGAAGAAAAUAAAAAGUUAGAAAAACUAGAAAAGUGCAUAAAAGAUUAUACAUUAUCUUGUCCAAAAUAUUGGAAAAAAAAUGUUAUUGAAAAUGGGAAAACUAUAUGCAUAGCUAGUUCUGAAUACAACGGAUUUUGUGAACCAAAUCAGUCAUUUGAAUAUUUUACAGAAAGUGAUAAAAUGAAUUUUGAGAUAAGUUGUAAUGUUGAAUGGCCAUGUAAAAGCAGUACAUCAAAAGAUGUGUGUGAAGAUGGAAAAAGGGAUUAUAAUGAACCAUGUCCUGAUGGUUUUUUAAUCCAAGAAGACAAUAGUUGUAAGGCAGAUAUUACUGUUUAUAGAGGUAUGUGCAAUAAUAGUAAUAUCAAAUUUACACAUAUGACGGAUGAAGAAAAAGAAAAAUGGAGUAUUGCUUGUGAAGCUUAUUGGCCCUGUUAUAAAGAAUGCUCUUCUGAAGAAUUUCUUUCUAACUGCCCAAAAAAUUGGCAAGAAUUAAAUUUAUUUGAAUGUAUACCAACUCAAAAAUAUAAAGGAGCUUGUAAAGGAAAAAAAAAUUUUAAAUAUUUUACAGAAUCAAUGAAGAAAGAUUUUGAAGAAAAAUGUAAAACAAGAUUUUUAUGUAUGAGUUCUUGUGAAAAAGAUUAUGAACAAGAUUGUCCAAUGAAUUGGUUAAAAGAAAAAGGAUACUGUUUAGCUCCAGAAGCAUUUGAUUUAUGCAACAGAAGAAAGUUAUCUAAUGAAAAUUUGACAACUAAAGAUAAACAAUUUUUUGAAAAAGAAUGCUCAGUAAAUUGGCCUUGUAAAAAAAAAGAUUUCUGUGAAAUGGAUUGGAAUUAUGAAUGCCCAGAAAAUUGGGAAAAAGAAUAUUCAAAAAAUCAAAAAGAAAAGUAUAUUUGUAAAUCUCCUUCUUCAUAUAAGGGAAAAUGUAAUAACAUUUUUUUAACAAAUAAUUAUGACGAAUAUACGAAAAGAGAAAUAGCUUCAAACUGCAAUUCCCCCUGGCCAUGUAUUGAUCAAAAAAAAAAUUCUCAUCCUAUAGAAUAUAAAAAAAGUAUUCAAGAUAAUUCUACAAAUGAUAUAAAUGGCCCAAUAACACAAGAGGGAAGAAUUUAUGAAAAAAAAAAAAAAUACAUAAUUGAAGAUCGAAAUAACUCUGAUUUGUUUGAUAUUAUGAUGUAA